GAAGUUUCACCGUACCAAAAAGCAAGUUCGAUUGGCGCUCCCUUCGGACCAGCUCCCCUGAAUUUCUACCCGAACCCAAACAUACACCUAGUGUAGAACGAACAAUCCGACGAUCAAUUCUUUCCUACUACUUUCACCCCAGAAUAAUACUGCCCAACUAUGGCGGCCUUACGAUCCUCCAGCCGGCUGUUUCUACGGCCACGCUUUACGUCACAAACACCUUUGCCAUUGAGCUACGGAUACGGUGGUAUGGGCACACGAUUCUACUCGGGCGAGGAUGCGCUGCCACCGCCGUUACUGCAGAAGCUGAAAGGCGACCUCAAGACGGCCAUGCGCGCAAAAGACGCCCCCCGUCUAACCGCAAUCCGCUCCAUCCUAGCGUCCACGCAAAACCUCUCCAAAACCUCGAACCCGAUAACCACCGACGCGCAACUAGUCGCCCUCCUCCGGCGCACAUCCCGGGCCUCCUCCGACGCCGCCUCCGAGUUCCAAGCCGCGGGGCGACAAGACCUAGUCGACAAAGAGCAGCAACAAAUUUCCAUUUUCGACUCCUACAUCGCGGAAAGCGGCGUUGAGGAAUUAUCCCCGGAUCAAUUGCGCACUAUAGUCGCAGGCGUAGUUACGGCUCUGACUAGCGAACCUACCCUCGGGGCAGGAAAGCCGAAGAUGGGAGAUGUGAUGAAGAAACUCCUAGCGCCUGGUGGUCCGCUGGAGGGUAAAGAUGUUAAGAAGGCGCAGCUGGCGCAGAUUGUGAAGGAGGUCACGGGGACCAGCUAGCUAACUAGUUAAGUCAAACCGCGAUUUAUCCAGCACACCUCAAAAAGGAAUGCGCUGAGAUAUCUACUUAGGUAAGGUACUUACGCUGUACUAUAUUAACGAAUGAGGGCCCUCGUAUGCAUG